AAGGGCUGUAGCUAAUUCAUCCCCGCAUUAUAAAUACCAGGGGACUGAGACCAGAGAACUCACUUCAUUCUUUCCUAGCUUUCUCAUACUUACUGUUUUCAAAGAGACAUUCAAGUUUAUUGAUUUCCUACUUAUGGAAUUCAGACCCAUGCAUACAUUUGCUGUCUUUCUUCUAAUUGCCUGUCAUUUAUUUCUCUCACUGGAGGGAAGACUGCUAAAAUCAGUGAGCAAAGAUGAUCCAAAGCAAGUAUUCCCACCCCCUCCACCAACUGAAACCUCAGAUUUUGGUGACUCAGUUGAAGGCUACAAAGAGGAUUUUCGACCCACUACACCAGGGAACAGCCCUGGUGUUGGACAUUCUUUUCCAGAAGAUGAUGAAGAUAUUGCUGAACGAAAACCAGGUAGCUUUAGCCUGCAGGGCAAUGGCAAGCAGUCAAUUGCAAGAGAUGAAGAUGGUUUUCGACACACCACACCAGGGAACAGCCCUGGUGCUGGACAUUCUUUUGAAGAUAAUGAUGAAGACGUUGAAAAGAAACCAUCAAGCAUUAGCAAGCAGGGCAACGGUAAGCAUUCAAUUGCAGGGCACAGCCCUGGAGUUGGUCAUGCUUAUCCGAACCAACAUUCUGAACCAAAUGCAUAAACAUGCAUGUAAACGUGGGAUUUGAUGUGGACUGAAAAGCAAACUCGUAUGAUGCUUGUAACUAGCUAUAGUUUGAUUUAGUUAUCUAUGUGUUUAUGUAUAUCACCAUGUACAUCUACGUAUUGUCUUCCUUCAACUAUUUUCUCCAUGAUUGAUUGUGUCUUAA